GGCCUGGGCCAAUGAGAUGCAUGCACUAGUGAUAUCUGAGGAACUGGCAAAUGAUGUCCUGGGAGCUGAACUGCUUAUCAAGCGCCAUGAGGAAUACAAGCGUGAGAUAGAGAAGCAGUGGCUAAAAUACGAAGAAAUGCAGCAGGCAGGAGGUGACUUGAUGAAGAAUGGACAUUUCAUGUCUGUAGAGAUUGAGGAAAAACUAUUAGAGCUGUCGGAGUUGAUGAAGAAGGUAAAGGAGAGCUGGGACAUGAGGAAAGAAUUAUAUGAAGAAAACUGGGAGAUUCAAUUGCUUCGCAGAGAGCUAGAACAUGCAGAAGCAUGGCUGGCUGCCAAGGAGAGUUUUCUUUCAGAUCCUAGCUAUGGGGAUUCAGUGUCUGAAGUAGAGGAACUGCUGAAAAAACAGCAUGAUUUUGAGAAGAUGCUUGCAGCUCAAGAGGAGAAAUUUGCUCAGCUCAGUUUUUUUAGCAGGAAAACUAAGAGGGAGAUGAAUCUUCCGAAACAAGUGGACACAGAAGAGAAUGAGCAGAAGGAUAAAGGCAAAAUUGUUUCUGCAAGUCUCCAGCACAUGGAGGGAGUCCUAGAAAAGAGAGACCAGCUCCUUUCAGGAAGAAAACAGCCAGGCUCAAGGUCUUGGAAAGCCUUCUACGUAAAACUUGAUGGAUCAAAGCUUGAUUUCUAUAAUGAUGAAAAAGAAGCAUCUAAGAAUGUGUCCAUGCUCCUGUCCCUCAGCAUUUCUGGUGCCAAAUGUGAGAGGCUGGUAAAUUACAUCAGGAAAGAGAAUGCCUUCAUGUUGCGGCUGAGAGAUGGGGCAGAGUAUUUCUUUGCAGCACCUUCUCAGACACUGAUGGAGGACUGGCUGCGAUCACUACAGAAUAAUAUAGGGCACAGUAACAGAUCACAUUCCACAGUGAUGGUGCACUCUCCAAACACAGAGACUUCCCAGACAAAACUGUGGGACUUCCCAGACAGAGACUCUGCUGAAAGACCAACCAGCAAAAGCUCACUCCUGAG